ACCAAACAAAAGAGAAACGCUGUUUUGAGUAUCGAGAAAUACUUUCAAUAGACAUGGUGAUGAAUUGAGUAUAAUGCAGAUAAAAAUAAACAUGCAUCUAUUUGCACUUAUUUAUUUAAACAAGCUUCCAUAAAAUCUUUUCUCAUUUCAGAUUUUAAUUUAUGGCACAUAAUUUUAACGAAUAUGAGGCACUAUUUAUCGAUUUAUUAAGGAGCUAUCCGUUAUCUGUGGUAUCAUCUAUUCAUUAUUUAAACAGCAAAAUUGAUAAUGAACAUAAGUUAAAAUUAACUGAUAUACAAACACUUAUUAAUGAGAAAUUUAAUAAAACCUAUUCAUUAUUUCAAAUUGGAACUGUACUUAAAAGAUUAGAUAAACCAUAUUCAGUCGAUUAUCAGUUUGCGAAUUUCAUCGAUUUGGAUAAACGUUUAUUAAAACAUUAUGAAUUAUCAUCGUCAACAUCAUUACACAUAUCAAUAUUGCCAUUCGUGAAAAAAUGUUUGAUAUGCACAACUAACCUUCAGUUUAAUCACUCAAAAUACAUUACUAUAUUUGAUUUAACAUCAACUUUACCAGGACAGAAAUUUAAUAAUUUAUUAUCAAAAUUACACGAAAAUGAAAAUUCACCUAAUGUGAAUAAUUCCAAUUUUAAAAAAAUCGAUAGACGUUCUCUUCAAGACAACUGGAUGUUAUAUCAAUUUUGUCUUAUGUCAUUCUUUUUUAAACAAUCCAAAUAUGUUGAAAUUGCAUUUAGCAUGGCGUCAGAAGACAUAUUGUUGAAAAUGACAGACAAAUAUCAACAUUUGAAUCAAAAUUUUACUAAUUUCUGGGGAACACAUAGAGUAUUAAACUUAAAAUGUCGUGAUACAUUACAUUGCUCUAUAGCAUUCACAUGUGAUGGUUGGCAGAAAGGAGAUCGAAAUAUUUGUGCUAAUAAAGAUAUUUAUGAAUAUAGCGAAGAAAUGGGUAUGUUUUAUUUUGUUAAACUUCUCCCAUACUCCUCAGAAGUGGAAAUUUAUUGUUCAGAAAGCUGUUAUUGA